GAACAAACUCAUAAUUUAGGCAAAAAUAAAACAAUAGAGCAAAUAUUACAUGCAGGCAGAAUUAUUUACACCAGUUAAUUUAGUGGGCUGUUAAAAAACCAAACCUUCUGCAUCCUGUACCUUGUUCCCAACAUUGAUGAAUCCCCUUUUACCAAGAAGAAGUUCUAUUUCUGAAUCUCCUUUCUAAUUUUCUGUAAUUAGACAACACUUAAUGUUUCCAUUGCUUUUUAUCCUAUAUUUGAGAAUGAUGCUACACAAAAAUAGUUGAUAUGAUGAUGAUGAUUUAAAGCUUGAAAUCUGACCUUUUACCAUUAUUUUCUUUUUUAAGGGGAAGAAGUUACCUCUGAAGACCUGGAAAAUACUCUGAAAAACAUAGGGUUAAGACUCAGACUGAAGGAAAACACUGUGUUGAUGAAAAGUUUGCCGCUUGAUGCUGCUGGAAAAUUGUAUGAGCAUAGAUUGCUGGGUGACAUAAGGUCUCUCAAAGGAGUGGAGCUUAAUGUUAAUAAGUUAGGACCCUUCAUGAAAAAUAUGGGCUUUAACCUGGAAAAAGAAGAAUACCUUGACCUGCUUAGCAACCUGCCUGCUGAUGAUGAGGGGAAUAUUGAAGUGAAUGUGGUAAUGGAUGAAGGAAAUCUUUUUACAGGUGAGAAGAUUGAUAUGAGUAACCUGGAAACUUUUCUGGGAAAUAUGGGGAUUACGCUCACAGAAGAUAAAGGCAUGGAACUACAAAACAAGCUUCCAGUCGAUGACAAAGGAAAGAUGUAUGUGAACAGAUUGAUGAAAGAGUUAAAGUCUCUUGAAGGGGUGAAGGUGUCUCCAAAUAAGGUGGACACUUUCUUGAAAAACAUGGGAAUUGAUCUCAAGGAGAAAGAAAUCCAGGAACUGAAGGACUGCCUACCAGUUGAUGCCAAUGGGAAGAUUGACUUAAAUGUGUUGGUGGAUGAAGUUAAAAAUAUCACAGGAGAGAAGAUUCCUAUUGAGGACCUGAAAAAUGUUCUGAAAGACAUGGGAGUAAAGAUCACAAACAAGGAACAUAAGAAGCUUCUGAAAACUCUGCCAGUUUCCGCUGAUAGAAAGGUGUUUGAGAAAGCAUUACUGGAGGGUGUGAAAUCUUUCAAAGGAGGAAGGGUUAGUGUCAGUGACCUAAAAAAUGUUCUAUGGAAUACUGGGUUCAGACUUGAAGAAAAGGAAAUCCAGGACCUGCAGAGCCACCUACCAGUUAUUGAAGAUGAAAAGAUUGAUUUGGAUACGUUGAUGGAAGCAGCUAGUGCUUUUACAGGAGAAAAGGUUGAAGCCAAUGACUUAAAAAAUGUGCUGAGAAACAUGGGAAUUGAGACCACUGAAAAAGAACAGUUGAUGCUGUUGAAAACUCUGCCAAUCUCUAGAGAUGGAAUGGUGUAUAAGAAGAGAUUAUUGAAUAGUGUGAAGCCUCUCAAAGGGAAAAAAGUCAGUGUCAAGAACCUGAACACCCUUGUAAAGAACAUGGGGAUUCAGCUUGAGAAAGAGGACUUUCAGGACUUACUGAACCACCUGCCCAUUGAUGAGAAUAAAAUGGUUGAUUUAAAUGUGGUGAUGGAUGACGCAAAAGCUUUUACAGGAGAGAAAGUUAAUGUCAAUAAUCUGAGUAAUGUGAUGAGGAAAAUGGGGCUAGUACUCACUGAUGAGGAGAAGCAGCAGCUGCUAAAAACUCUACCCAUUCAUGCUGAUGGAAAAGUAUAUAACAAUAGAUUGCUAAAAGGUGUGAAGGCCCUCAAUGGACCAAGGGUCAAACUCAGAAAAGUGAAAUCUGUGAUGGAAAACAUGGGAAUUAAACUCAAGGAUGAGGAACUUGAGGAACUAAUGACCCAACUGUCAACUGAUGAUGAUAGAACAGUUGGUCUGAAUGAUUUGAUGGAUACUGUCAGUUGCAUCAAGGGAAAUGGGAAGGUUAGAGUGGAUUCAAUAAUGGAGGACCUAAAGAAGUUUAAAUCAAAAGGGAUGGUGCCACUACAUAAGUUGAUGAAAACUGGACAUGAUACUAAAGACAGAGUUAUUGGCCCCAUGGCAGUUUCUGACAUUAAAUCAAAAUUUAAGCUAAAUCCUCUAACAAAAGUACCCAGCUCCCAUGGCAAGAGGGAUAAAGAUUUACCAGGAUCUCUCCCCUGCCAAAACAAAGAAAAGAAGCUGAAUGCUUCACAAAUGCAAGCCUUCCGAGAUGCCUACAACUUCUUUAACAAGGAUAAAACUGGCUGUAUUGAUUUACAUGGAAUGAUGUGCACUUUAGCUAAGUUGGGAAUGAAUCUAACCAAGCAUGAUGUCUAUAAUGAAUUAAGAUGUGCUGAUAUUGAUCGAGAUGGGAAAGUGAAUUUCUCAGACUUUAUAAAGGUGCUAACAGAUAAAAACUGCUUCCUUAAAGCUGUGGUUCCAGAAAAGGAGAAAUGUUUAGAUUCAGCUGGCAACCCAGGGAUCCUGUUGUUUGAAAUCCUAUCAAAGCUUGUAGAGACUUCAGCUUUACCCAGAAAGGCUAUAAUGGAAAUAGUAAGCUAUUUCCGAAGAAAAUUCCAAGAUACCACGUCAGGAAGGUCGUGGAGUCCCUACACUAUGGGUUUUGGGAAAAGGAGAUUUAAACCAGACAUAUGCACACCUCCAAGCUCAAGCACGGCCGCCUUUGCUAAUGCUGCCCGAAUCACAAUAAUGAAAGAAAAGGAUUUACUUACAUUUCUUGAAGAGCUCAAGAGGUGCAGUCCUCCUUCAGGUAGCCCAUAUUCAAAAAUACCCAUCUUUCCAUUGUUUCCUAAUGUGGAUGGGGUGGUGAUGGGAAAGCCAUUCAAAGACAUACAGAAAUUAGAAAUGCUAAGGAGAAGGGAGCCUCUGGAUUUCUUUGAGAACUACUUUUUCCGUAAAAGAGACUGGAAGACACAGGCAGCAAAUGUAAAGCCUAUCGACCCAGUCUCAGGCUAUCCAAGUGACAUCCUAGCCAUUGACCAAAUACUCAAGAAAAAGCAGAAUUGGACAGUGACGGAUGCAACUGCUAUUAAACAGCACGUGAAGAGAGCUACUGAUGCCUAUAACUUGGGAAUUGCCCUUGAGCACCGGAAAGACAUGCUAAACCUCUGGCGGAAAAUCCGAGGGGAUCUGAUUGGAGUAGACACUAAAAAUGAGUCCUUUUAUGACACCUUUUCUACUUAUACGUGGUCCUGGAAUGUUUGCCAAGAAUUACUUUCGCCGAAGGACUUAAGGUUAUGUGAUGCCCACAUGAAAAGGAAUACCUUCCACAACUCUGUAUUCUCUUCUUCCUCGGAUAUCAGUGAGUGUGACACAGAGACAGGAAGAAAAAGAAAACGGAAAGCUUUCAAAGGGUUUCGACAAUGAAAUUUCUACAUUUUCUAAACAGCUCAUUGCAAACUACUUUUUCAUAGAUAUCAAAAUUACGGUUUCUUGCUUUUGUCUAGUACAUUCUUAGCCGCUGGAAAUGUUGACAUCUUUUGGAUUCUGACCAGUAAAAAAGUUUAAGU